AUGGAGUCCAUACCACUCCGCCCUAAGGACCCAAUUGAGGACCCGAUGACUGACGACAGUGAUCCUCUCUUCAACCACUUUGACAUACCCAACCCGCAUCAUCUUCGUGCCCGGACUGCGCACUGGCUCUGGACAUUGCAUCUUCUGUUUUUCCUCCUCUCUUUCUCCCUGUUAAUUUCAGCCUGCAGACUCCACCGACCCUCUUCUACCAACCGUAAAUGUGCAGAACAGUUAUCAGCAUAUUCUCCUUUCACACACCUCGUGGAAUAUGAGGAUGUCCGCUUCCAAGGGAGCCUCUUCGACACGAACCCAUACAAAGGACCCCCGAACCCACACCUGGACGCGGCAUGGGGCCACAUCACUCACAUGGCUCAGCUGAGAAUUCCAGCAGAAGACAUGCGCCGGCUCAAGAAACCGCUGACCCAGGUGAAGGUGGCCGAGGCCGAGGGCGACGGGUAUGCGGGCGGGAUCGAGGUGUUCCAUCAGCUGGAGAACAAGCCGGCAGAGUUCCACGAUUCGAACGCGACGCUGCGGUUGCAUGUUGACCACUGCAUCGACAUGUUGCGACAAGUGAUCCAGUGCAACGGCGAUGUCGGGGUUGUGACGAGGAGCUGGGUCAAGGGUCGCGCCCUCAGCUACCCGGACUUCAGCGUAUGGCAUAAGUGCCGGAAGCUGGAGCCCAUGGCGCAGUACUCGCAGGCACACGAGAUUGACACAGAACCUACAAAAUUUCCAGAUUCUUUGGAGCUCACUCAGCCGCCAUGCACGAAUGCUGCGCCUGAUGAAGUUUGUCCGUAG